CCCAAUUUUGGCAUUUGGUAACCGGUUGACGGUAGAAUUAGCUGGUGACUUGUAAAUGGCAAUAACGUAAGAACUCUUCCCUUUGUUGUUUCCCAGUCCCUGUAGUUAGGUCCUAUUUUGAUUCGCCGACCGCCCAACCCACAGCGGAAGUGAACCAGAGAGGAGACGAUGAAUGGAAACGGCAGGAGGCAAAGAAUUUCAGUGGAAGAAGAUGACAAGGGUUUUAUUUGGAAACUUCCGCAGCUUAAACUCAAGGACGUCGGUAAGGUUGGUCCUGCUUUCGGACUCGGUGCUGGCUGCGGUCUCGGCUUUGGUGCCGGCCUCAUUGGAGGCGCUGGCUUUGGUCCUGGAAUUCCUGGCUUGCAAUUUGGCUUUGGUUUUGGUGCUGGUUGCGGGGUUGGUUUAGGAUUUGGCUAUGGUGUCGGUAGGGGUGUCGCUCAUGAUGAGAACCGUACAUAUUCCAAUGUUAAAAGCUUAUUUGGCUACCAGCAUCCUCCUUUGCAGGAUGAAAUUAGUGGCCUAAUCGAUGAGCUUGUGAUUAAUACCAAGAAGGUAGCUAUAGCAGCUACUAGGGAAAUCGAGAAGUGGAGAAGAUGAUUGAACUUGUAGGAUGGAUGGCUCAUUUGUGAAUGUUGUUGAAUAGGAAAGGACUCUUAUUUUGUUGUAUAG